GGCCUGGCCUUUGACGUACCGACACGAUACACCCUGUCCACCGACUACACCAGCGACAAUCACACCCGGGCCGAUCGCAUGUGGGAUAGUCUGAGCCUGGAUUCCAUGGUGAUCGCCCCGACUAUCGACUGGGCUCGAGAGAUGGGUCUGCCGGAUUCCUGGGACUUCCCCUGGGAUCCCAAGCGCAAGAUUUACUUUGUGAAAGUCUAUCACCAACUUCAUUGUCUGAAAAACAUUCGUCGAGCUUUCAAGCAACUGCUCUCGAACAAAGACCAUCCCCUUCCCAUCGGCCACGUCGAGCACUGCCUCGACACCCUACGACAAGAUCUCAUGUGUCACGCGGACGACACGCCGAUGCCCUCGUUGCAACUGGUGAACGGAGCCGGUGAGGGCCAAAUCAGGCAAUGCAAGGACUUUGACAAGCUGGUGGCGUGGACGAAACACCCGGAUCGCGAUGCCUGCUACAAGCGACUGAGCGACGAUCGGCCUCCGUUGCGCAGUAUCGAUCGGUAUGCUUUUUGCCCCGCCGACAGUGAGCAUCUCGAGACGAUGUCGAGGUAUUUCGAGAAAUAUGGAUACCCGGAGAUGAAUGAGGCGAGUUGA